GAACACUUCGAAGGUGGUGCAACUUAAAAGGACCUUGAAGAGCCCUGGAAUACGACACUUACCUGCAUCACCACGAGACUGCACGCACUCACUACUCUCAUACCGCAUACUGAUUCAGACUAUGCCUUCCGCGUUGAUUCUGAUUGCUGACGGGACGGAAGAGAUGGAAUUUACCAUCACCUACGACACACUCGUACGGGCUGGUGUAUCUUGCACGUCAGCAUACGUCGCCGCCGCAGACGCUGCGUCACAGAACAAGACAAGCCCGCCGUGCGCUACGGGAUCGCGCGGGAUCAACAUCCUUCCGGACCAGCAAUUCUCGCCACAAGCCGCCGCUGCAGCGAACUAUGAUUUACUCGUUAUCCCUGGCGGCGCGAAGGGCGCGGAGACGAUCGCGACCAACUCGCCUGUGCAGCAUCUGGUGCGCGAGUAUCUGAAGGAGAACAAGUAUGUCGGUAUGAUUUGCGCAGGUAGCAUGGCAGCAAAGACUGCUGGUCUACCGAAGCAACCGCUGACAUCUCACCCGAGCGUGAAGGCGCAGCUCGAGGGCGACUUUGAAUACUCGGAAGAGCCUGUUGUUGUUUCCGGUAAGCUUGUCACAAGCCGUGGGCCAGGCACAGCAUUCCCGUUCGCGCUCACUCUCGUUGAGCUCCUCUGUGGCAAGGAGAAGCGAGGGGAGGUGGCAGGCCCCAUGGUCUUCCCACCUGGAACCUUUGCUUAAACUUAUCUGAGCUUGGGAUUUGGACUUUCGGGAAGUUUGAGAGACAUGUAAAUGACAUAUGCAUAGACAACACCUCCGCUGUUGGAUUGGUCAUAAGUUACCUCCUCGCCCACCCCCCGUGGGUCACUUUCCUGCCAGUGAGUGGGGAGCGCGAACGUCAGUUGCCAAACUGUAACAUGUAUCGUUG